AGGAAAGACGGUUUAUGCCUUAAAAUAGUAAUCCAACAAGUUCUCGUAAUCCUUUUCCCAUAACAAUAAUGACUUUCUAUUCUAUAUAUAAUAUAAUACUUAACAGUACACUACAUUAAUAUCACACACAAAAAAAUUCAUUGAUCGAACGUUUGGUCUAUAAGAAGGAGAAGAAGAAGAGGGCUGUGUCCAUUCGAGCGUAUAUCGAUGGAGGAUAGUAUAAGCUCACACUAUAGUAUUAAUAGUGUCAUUCUUCCUUCUCUUGGCGCCCAUAGUAAUAGCAAAAUUAAGCUCCGUCACUACAUCAUCUCCCCCUCUAAUCCCCAUUACAAGGCUUGGCAUGUAUUUUUGGUGCUUCUUGUUUUCUACACAGCAUGGGCAUCACCUUUUCAGUUUGGAUUUCUAGAAAGACCUCAAGGACUUAUUGCCAUCUUAGAUAACAUAGUUAAUUGCUUUUUUGCCAUGGACAUUAUCCUUACAUUCUUUGUUGCCUAUCUGGAUAAAUCAACUAACACUAUGAUUGAUGACCCAAAGCACAUCGCUUUAAGGUACACAAAAUCCAGGUUUAUCUUUGAUUUCAUAUCCACCAUACCUUUUGAAGCAUUGCCCCACAUUCUUCAAUCAUAUGGAUACUUGAGUAUGCUUCGUCUCUGGCGUCUCAGAAGAGUCAGUGCCAUGUUUGUGAGAAUGGAGAAAAACAGCAACUUCAAUUACUUUGGGGUUCGAGUACUCAGGCUUAUAUGUGUCACUCUAUUUGCUGUUCAUUCUGCUGGCUGCUUCUACUACUUUCUUGCUGCUCGAAAUAAAGACACCAGUAAAACAUGGCUUUCACUGGGAAAUCUUAAUGAUAGGAGCAUCUGGGAUCUCUAUAUAAUGUCUCUGUAUUGGUCCAUUACAACGCUUACAACAACUGGCUAUGGGGAUUUGCAUGCUGUUGCUACAGAGGAAAUGAUAUGCACCAUGGUUUACAUGCUAUUCAACCUCGGGCUGACUGCAUAUCUUAUUGGAAACAUGACCAACUUGGUUGUCCAUGGAACCAGUAAGACACAGAAAUUUAGGGAUGCUAUUCAAGCUGCCUCAAGCUUUGCACAGAGGAAUAAGCUGCCUGUUCGACUUGAAGAACAGAUGCUAGAUCACUUGUCUUUGAUGCACAGAACGGAUUCAGAAGGUCUGCAGCAGCAAGAAACUCUUGAAACACUACCCAAUGCUAUUCGUUCUGCUAUUUCACAUCAUCUAUUCUAUUCACUGGUGGAUAAGGCCUACUUAUUCCACGGGGUAUCAAAUGACUUACUUUUUCAACUGGUUUCUGAGAUGAAGGCCGAGUAUUUCCCUCCAAAAGAGGAUGUCAUUUUGCAAAAUGAAGCAUCUACAGAUCUCUACAUUCUGGUAAAUGGAGCAGUGGAUCUUAUAUCACACAGGAAUGGCAUGGAUCAGGUAGUUGGCGAGUUGAAGGCAGGGGAUGUUUGCGGAGAAGUUGGUGUUCUUUGCUGUAACCCUCAACUAUUUACUGUUCGAACCAAAAGAAUAUCCCAACUGCUACGCUUGGAUCGUACUUCAUUUUUCAACAUCGUUAAAGCAAAUAUAGGAGACGGGACAAUAAUCAUAAACAAUCUCCUUCAGCAUUUGAAAGAGCAAACGGACCCAAUGAUGACAGAAGUAUUAGCAAAUAUAGAACAUAUUUUCACUCCUGAAGAAACAACAUCACUAGCUAGAGAAACUGGUUCAUCCAACGGCAGAUCGAGAAGAAGGGCUAGUUUCUUUCAGGAUUCACUGAUAGGAUUUGUGUCUGCACACGAUGGAGGAGGAAGUAGCCCGGAUUAUUCUUCAACUAAAAUUAGCAAUUCAAGAAUAUCAGGGAGAAUAACCAUCAGUUGUCCAGAGAAAGCUCAUAUGUGUAAAAGGGUUGUGCUUUUGCCAGAUUCCAUUCAAGAGAUACUUAAUAUCGGUGCUGAGAAAUUUGGCAUCUCUCUCACGAAAGUACUAACUGAAGAUGGAGCACUUAUUGAGGACAUUGAAGUAAUAAGAGAUGGAGAUCAUCUAGUUCUUGCUACAUCAGAAGAUUAAACAAAGCUCAAUCGUACAUAUUUCAGAAAUGAAUCUGAUUGACCUGUAAAUUUUGUAUAGUAUAUGAUAGAUUACUAUCAAGGCAAUGUAAUUACCGCACAGAGGAAUUCUAGUCAUUGAAGAAAUUGGAAGAAAAUGUAUAAAGUUUUACACAUAACAAAAUUUUCUCCUCAAUUAUAUACAA